GAAAACAAUAUACAAUCCACAGGUUUUAUAUCAUUGAUUAGUCCGAGUGCGAAUACUGCGAAUACCAGUAGUGCGAGUGACGUAAUUAAUUCUUAAAUCUUUUUAAACUUAUAACUUUUCGUAUUAUGUAAUUGUUAACUGACUUCAUUCUGUGUAUACUUUAUACCAGUUUAUAUGUAGAGUAAAUAUUAUCAGAAGAUAAUAUGGCCCAAACCACUACAGUUGAAACUAUUACUAUUACUAGACCUUUAAAAGUGAUUGCCUUGAUAUGCGGUCUUAUUGUAAUUGUAUUGAUGCUGUUGACAUUGACGUCCACUGAUUGGCUAUUAUCAGCUGGUUGGCGUCAAGGUUUAUUUUCUCACUGCAUUGCGGUGAAUGCACCCACACCAUUGCCUUUUAAUGUACCUAAUAAUGGUCCAGAUUGUUAUCCAACACGUGAAGUUGGAUACAUAAGAGUUGCUGCAGCUUUGUGUAUAGUCACAUUGGUCACAGACAUAGUAGCUACUCUUUUAACAGGACUUGGGUUAAGGAGCAAAGAUCAGAGAACCAAGUACAAGUUUUACAGAGUAGCUGUUUAUGUCAUGUUACUUGCAUUAUUGUCCUUGUUGAUAGCUUUGAUUGUAUACCCAGUGUGUUUUGCCGCUGAAUUAAAUCUAGGAAACCGCACUGUGUGGGAGUUCGGCUGGGCUUACGGGGUAGGAUGGGGCGCCGGAAUAUUUUUAUUUGGUGCUGUUGUGUUACUGCUGUGCAACAAAGAAUCUGAAGAGAUCUACUAUAAAGAACGUAAAGUGACAUCGUCCGCCUAGUGUGCGGCGCCCCUGCCCGACGUAGUACUUUAGUGACCUUCCGCCGUUGGUCAGACGACGGGCAGGGUGCUCUUAUUGUUUUAACAAUAAGACAGUCAUUAUUAUAAUAUACUAACAAACACGUCAUAUUUGUCAAUAUCAAUUUACAUCUUUUGAUUUUUGACAGAAAUAACUAUUCUGGUGGGGGAAUAUUUGCUUUGCGCACGCAUACUAAAUGUAAUUGUAAAAGAUUUUUUCAGUAAUCAUAAUCAAAUUAGGAUUAGGUUUUUUUUAUAGAUAGUUUAUGUAUGAAUGUUUUUUCGUGUUUUAACCUUGAUAACUUAUGGUUUGUGUUUAUCAAGGGAAAAGGUACGAUAUUAUUUUAUAUUAAUAUAUAUUAUAACAUUAUUAUAUAUAAUAACAUUUGUGAUUAUGGAAGUCGGUGUUGAUUUUGGUUUUAAACAU